AUGAGCGAGGAAGAAUUCGAGAGCAACAAGCGCAGCAUUAUCGGCAAUCUUCUCGAGAGACCCAAGCCCAUGAUGACAGAAAGCGACAGACUCUGGGACCAGAUCUACUCCGAGCUCUAUGCCUUUGACACCGCUCCCCAGGACGCGGAUCACAUCAAGCUGCUCACCAAGGCAGAUAUGGUCAACUUCUUUAUGGAUUACAUCCACCCCACCUCGCCGUCGAGAGCGAAGCUUGCCGUCCAUCUUGAGGCGAGCGGCGUGUCAACAAAGGACGCCAAGCUACCGUCGGCGAACGGAACGACCCCGGUCUUCAUCGAAGACGUCCGGUCCUUCAAGGCCAAUCUUGACGCCGGGGCGAUACCACCGAGAGACCUCAAGGAGUAUGAGGAUUGGGAGGGAAAGCGUUGA